AUGUCUCCUUCUGCUGAUACACCAGAGACCUUCGACUCCGCCGAUUCCACGGUUCUGAGCUUGAGGAAAUCCCUCUGUUCUGAGGAUACCCCUCUUCCCAUCCGUUUUCGUGCUCUUUUCUCACUGAAGCACGUUGCGACCACCUCGGAUGACAAUACUACAAGGAUCGCGGCCAUCGAAGCCAUCGCUGCCGGAUUCACCUCACCUUCGGCCUUGCUCAAGCAUGAGCUCGCAUACUGUCUCGGCCAGACAGGCAACCCCGCUGCUGUCAAGCCUCUCCGACAGGUUUUGGCUGAUUUGAAGGAGGACCCAAUGUGCCGCCACGAAGCUGCCGAAGCCCUUGGAGCCUUAGGCUGGGCCGACAACCUGGACAUACUCCGCGAGUAUCGAGAUCGCAAAGAGGAGGACAUAAGCAUUAUCGAGACAUGCGAGAUCGCCAUCGAGCGCAUUGAGUGGGAGAACUCAGAAGAGCGACGAAAGGAAAAGUUGCGCCCUAGUGAUUUUGCCUCUAUCGAUCCUGCGCCCCCAAUGCCCGAAUCCGAACAGAAGGCUGAAGUCGAGGAGCUUGGCCACAAGCUCAUGGAUACAAAUCUGCCUCUAUUCCUCCGUUACCGCGCCAUGUUUGCUCUCCGAGAUCUGGCAUCACCUCCCGACCUGCCCACUGCUGUCCCCGCCGUUCUCGCUCUUGCUAAAGGAUUGUCCGACUCGUCCGCACUCUUCCGACACGAGAUCGCCUUUGUGUUUGGACAGCUUUCACACCCCGCUUCAAUCCCAGCCCUGACUGAGGCGUUGAGCAACGUCAACGAGGCUAGCAUGGUUCGACAUGAAGCGGCCGAGGCACUUGGCAGCCUGGGCGAGGAGGAAGGUGUCGAAGCUACCCUAAGAAAGUUCCUUCACGACAAGGAAAAGGUUGUUCGAGAGAGUUGCAUUGUUGCGCUGGAUAUCGCUGAGUAUGAGAAGGGUGGAGAGGCUGAGUAUGCUUUGAUUCCCUAG